GUCGACGCCACCGUCCCACACUUGGCCGAUGCCUUCACGCAAGGGCUCACCAUUGCCAACGGGACGCUCUACGAGAGCGACGGGCUGUACGGCCACUCGCAGGUGCGCUCGGUCGAUCGGAUAUCGGGCUGGACGAUCGCCUCGACGCGGAUGAAGCACCACCACUUUGCGGAGGGGAUCGAGGUCGUGGGCAACAAACUUGUCCAGCUCACGUGGAAGGCGAGCGUCGUGCUCGAGUACUCGCUGCCCGACUUGCAGCUGCUGCGCGAGGUGCCCGUCUCGAUCGGGAGGGAGGGGUGGGGGCUCGCGAGCGACGGGCGCACGCUCUACGUCACCGACUCGGGCUCCGCCCUCUACCACGUCAACCCAGACACCUACGAGGUUGAGAAGCGGCUCACGGCGCGCCGCGGCCGCCAGUCGCUCUCGCUCUGCCCGCCCGCCCCUCGCCCUCCUCCCACGCGGGUCAACGAGCUGGAGUGGGUCGACGGGGAGCUGUGGGGCAACGUCUACCCCAUGUACCAGGGAACCGCCUCAGAGUGCGUCGCGCGCAUCAACGCCGCCACCGGCGAGGUGAUCGGCUGGGUCGACUUUCGCGGGCUUCUCGCGCGGCAGCGGGAAGAGGUGCGGCGCUCGCCGCACAACUACGUGCUCAAUGGCAUCGCGUACGACGAGCGGACGCGCCAGCUCCUCGUCACGGGCAAGAAGUGGGACAAGAUGUACGAGGUGCGCCUCCAGCCCCGGCCCGACCUCGAGCCGACGCACAUCGAGAAGCACUGC